UUAAUAUACUGGAUACGCAACGAACCUGUGAAAAGUGAAGCCCGAACCUUCUCUCGUUGCGGCAUAACAGCUAGCGCAGUCUUGUGUAGUUUUUACAUACUAAUUCCCGCGUAUUUUUAAUUUGUUAUUAUUACUCUAUGGUAUAAGCUCAAUAUAAUAGUAAUAAGCGUAAUAAGUAGAGUACAGACAACUCAUCAAUAUUUUUAUAUUAAUAUAUUAUUUAUCUAAAUCAAUAUGCCGCCUCGGUUAGAUAAAUGUUGCAUUGAAAAUUGUAUUGGAAAUUCUAAAUCUAGGUUUAGUGUUCCAAUAGCCUCCCAUGAAAAAUGGGAAAGAGUAAUUGGCAAGACUUUAAAUAAAAGGUCUAGGAUUUGUGGUGAUCACUUUCUUAAAGAAGAUAUAAUUGACACCUGGGUAUCAGGACAAGGGACUAGUAAGUACUCGAUUUGUUUUAAAAGGCCUCACUUAAAGAAAGGUGCUGUACCAAUGGUAAAGUUAAAUUUGAUAAAAAGUUGUGAAGAGAAUCAAAAUCAAAAGUUCAGUACCAUGCCAAUUGUUAAACAAAAAUCCUGGUCGGAUGAAAAUAACUUAUAUGUAAAUGUUUCUACUCAUAAAAUGGAUUUUAAUGAUUCUACUGUAGCAAGUACUAGCCAUAAAAGUAUUUCAUUUGUAGAGGAAAAUAAUAUGUCAAUUUCUACAACAGAUGAAAGUAUGAGUAGUAUAAUAUACCAUAGCAGCUAUGAUCAAGAGCCUAUAUUUUAUGUCCUAGUAGACAAGCAAAAUAAUGUUAAACUUCCCCCUAAAUGGUUUAAGGAUGUUUCAGUGAACGAGUUGAAUAAAAAGUCAACAGUUUCAUUUUUCAAACUGUCAAAUUAUAUUAUAAACUACCAACAUUGUAUUGAAAAAGAAUUAAUAGUUACUCAAGAUUCAGAAUUCAUCAUACAUAUUUUUAAUGAAAAUAUAGCUAAUGAACAAAAACAAAUUCUAUUUCCCUCGACAUCUCAUCCAACUGAAAAUACAACCAUAGAAAAUGUAGAAAGUAUAAUUAAAACUCUUGAUUCGUUGAAUGUAUGUUAUUGAGCUGUUCCAGUAAAUAAUUAUCCUGAUAUAAAAGAAUCAUUUGGCCAUCAGUUUAAAAAUAUUAAUGGGUUUUGGAAGCAUUUAAGUUGUUCCAAAAUAUUACCAGAAAAUAGUUCUAGUUCUUGUUGUCUAUGGUGCAAACGGUUAUUUUUUUCAAUAAAAAAGAAGAAAGCCCAAUUAAAAAAUAAAAAGUCUGUUCAUAUUUAUUUUUCACCAAGUAAAAAAUUACAUUUUCA